CUCCAAUGUUAACUUGACUCCAGUCUCGCUGCUAAAAAAAAAAUCAGACGACUGACACGAGCGUAUUCAUCUCGGAAAUAAUCGAUAAAAUAACUGAAUAUUUCAGUUUUAAAGAACAUCUGGACGUCGUGUGACAUCGCUGCUCCGUAAUGGCGUCCGCUGUUUGCUCCGCUGGAGGUGUUUGUUGGUGAAAAAUUAAAAAAAAAGGUGAUCUGUCGCAGCCCCAGAUGUGGCCGCCACCUCUGCUGAGACUCCUGUUCAUGAACGACGAGGACGCUUUGAUUGAGCGGCUGUGGCUGGGUCUGGAGGGAUGACAGGACAUUAGCAGACAUGGAGACAGGGGAGACUCACAGACAGCUGCAAACGCCAUAUUUACUCAGUCUAGAUUCUCCUCAUUAGAUCUUCUCAGGCAAAGACUUAAAUCCUAUUUUUUUAUAUUUUUUUAUUAUCCAGAGCUCUUGUUUUUUUUUUGUGUUAGUCAUUGUGAAGCCAUACACCGCCGUAAGCCGCCGUCAUGAGUUCUGAGGCCUUUCAGUACCGAGCGCUGUACGAGUACAAGAAGGAGAGGGAGGAGGACAUCGACCUGCAUGUGGGAGACAUGCUGCUGGUCAGCAAAGGAGCGCUGCUGGCGCUCGGCUGCGGCAGCGGAGCCGAAGAACGGCCGUCGGAGAUCGGCUGGCUGCCGGGCUUCAACGAGACCACGCAGGAAAAAGGCGACUUCCCGGGGACGUACGUGGAGUUCGUCGGCAGAAAGAGGAUGUCCCCGCCUACGCCGAAGCCCCGCCCACCCAGACCGCCGUCCGCCGCGUCGGCGAGGACCGACUCCGAGUCCGAGGGCUUCGUGUUGCCAGAACUCCCAGAUCAGUUCGGACCCCCGGACACGGCCCCUCCCCUCCUCAACAGACUGAUGGAGGCCAUCGAGACCAAAGGUCUGGACAGUCCCAGCGUGUAUCGCAGUAUGAGCGGAGGCGGCGUGGACACCCGGCAGCUGGCCGACACCGACCUGGAGCAGCUGGAUGUGGCGUCCCUGUGUGACGGGGUAGUCCGGUUCCUGCAGGACCUCCCCGGCCCCGUCCUCCCCUCCUCGCUGCAGACCGACAUGAUCCACGCCGUGCAAGAGGUCCGAGACCCGGAGGACUGCGCCCAGGUGCUGCUGGGCGUGGCCAGCUCGCCCACCUGCCCCGCCCAGUACGGGCUGACCCUGCUCAGCGUGGUCCGACACCUGGCCCGCCUCUGUCUGCACGGAACCAGAGUCCAGCUGAGCCCCCGAAACCUGGCUGAGAGCUUCAGUCCACUACUGUUCAGACAGACUGCAGGGUCUGAGUCCAGUCUGGAUCCUCUGGUUCAGGUCCUGGAGGUUCUGAUAACCAGCGAGCUCAACAUGAACCAGGCUGCACCAGCUUUACCUCCUAAACCGGUGAAGCCGGCGACUCCGGCACCUUCCAGUAGUUUCAACAACAGUAUGGCUCUGCAGGACGCCGAGUGGUACUGGGGAGACAUUUCCAGAGAGGAGGUGAACGAGAAGCUGAGAGACACAGCUGACGGUACGUUUCUGGUCCGAGACGCCUCCACGAAGAUGCACGGAGAUUACACUCUGACUCUGAGGAAAGGAGGCAACAACAAACUGAUCAAGAUUUUCCACCGGGAGGGGAAGUACGGCUUCUCCGACCCUCUGACCUUCAGCUCGGUGGUGGAGCUGAUCAACCAUUACCGCCACGAGUCUCUGGCCCAGUACAACCCCAAACUGGACGUCAAGCUGCUCUACCCGGUGUCCAAACACCAGCAGGACCAGGUGGUGAAGGAGGACAGUAUUGAAGCUGUGGGGAAGAAGCUGCACGAGUAUCACCUGCAGUACCAGGAGAAGAACCGAGAGUACGACAGACUGUAUGAAGAGUACACCAGAACCUCACAGGAGAUCCAGAUGAAGCGGACGGCCAUCGAGGCGUUCAACGAGACCAUAAAGAUCUUCGAGGAGCAGUGUCAGACUCAGGAGCGCUUCAGCAAAGAGUACAUCGAGAAGUUCCGCCGAGAGGGCAACGACAAGGAGAUCCAGAGGAUCAUGGAGAACUACGACAAGCUGAAGUCUCGGAUCAGCGAGAUCGUGGACAGUAAAUGUCACCUGGAGGUCGACCUGAAGAAACAAGCCGCCGACUACCGAGAGAUCGACAAGAAGAUGAACAGCAUCAAACCAGACCUGAUCCAGCUCCGCAAGACCAGGGACCAGUACCUGAUGUGGUUGACCCAGAAGGGAGUCCGUCAGAGGAAGCUGAACGAGUGGCUCGGUCUGAAGAACGAAACCACAGAGGACGAGUACAGCAUGGUGGACGACGAGGAAGACCUUCCUCAUCACGACGAGCGUCUGUGGCGUCUGGGAAACAUCAACCGCCUUCAGGCCGAGUCGCUGCUGCGCGGGAAGAGAGACGGAACCUUCCUGGUCCGAGACAGCAGCAAGCCGGGCUGCUACGCCUGCUCCGUGGUGGUGGACGGCGAGGUGAAGCACUGCGUCAUCAACAAGACGACCUCCGGCUUCGGUUUCGCAGAGCCCUACAACCUGUACGGCUCUCUGAAGGAGCUGGUGCUGCACUACCAGCACACCUCGCUGGUCCAACACAACGACUCGCUCAACGUCACGCUGGCGUUCCCCGUCUACAGCCAGCAGAGACGGUGACCCGCCCGGUUCACCCCCGCUUCACGCCGCCUCCACCGUAGACCAGCAGCAGACCUCGUUUACACACUCGACCCCCCCCCCCAAAAAAAACCAAACCAGACGGUCUGACUGACCGCCAGAUGACGGAGGGGGGGCGGGGAGACAUUCAGCUCUCCUCACAGACCAGUACCUGACCACAUGACGCGUUUCACUUCCUGUUUGGAGCUCCGUGUGAUGUCAUUCUCCACAAAAGAUCAGGAGUCGCAGCUGCAGUUUAACUCUGGACGACGAUAAACAAACCUGUUGCUUCAUGGGAUUCAAUUAGUGUCGUCAUAACUGAACAAAAUCUCCCAAAAAUCAAACAAAACAAACUUUAAGUGAAUAAAAAUCAAUAGAAACCAAAAAAAUAUAAAUAUAAUAUAAAUCUAUACAAGAGUGAAACAUUUGAUUACAAUAUUUUUGCUGCUUUGCUGCUUAAUCUUUGUUUCAACGAGUUGGUUUGGAGAAAUAAUAACCACUUGUUAAAUGUACCUGUCCCAUCAAAAGUAACUGGCCAAUGGGGACGCAGCCCUGUCAGACAGACACGCCCACACGAGAGCUUUGUGUCAGAAACUGAAAAAUUUAGCAGUGAAACUGGAAAAAAGUGAAAAAUGAAACCGAUCAGUUCAAAAAGUGAAAAUAUUGUCAUCAAUGUUUCACUCUUGUACUGUUGGUUUCCUUUUCUUGGGAGAUUCUGUUCAAUUAAUUUGACACAAAUUUAAUCCCAUAGUGCUUCAGAUCACAGUGUUUAAACGUAUCACUUCUGCUCAUCAUAACCAUGUGAAGUACAACAGUUUCAUACAACAGUAUUAUCCGGUACACUGCUAAAGGACUACAUGUUGUUACAUUCUGUAGGAAAAAAAGACUUCAACACUCGCAAAAAUUCAUUUGGUUUUCAUUCAUUUCCUGUGAGGAGGAACAGCAGCAGCAGCAGCUUAGAUGGACUGGAGACGAGGAGCAGUAUAUAAACCAGUUCACACCGGUUCACUCCCUGCAGACAUGCAGGUAAAACAUAGUCGAGUUACGGAGCCGAUAUGCUGCUCCAGCUUAACCGUCAUCAGGAACCAGGAGGUCACACUUCAGGUCGGGAUCACAUGAGAAACCUCGUCUUCUUUUUCAGGCAGCUGUGAGCGUCGACGAUUUAAAACGUUUAACAGACGUUAACGAUGUCCUGCUCCGUUACUUUUUACGUCUGCAACUAACUUUCAUUAUUAAUCUGCUCGUUAUUUUCUCAAUUUAUCAUUUUGUCUAUAAAAUGUCAGAAAACAGUGAAAAUGCCUCAAAGAUUACGUUUUUUAAAAGUCUUAUUUUGUCCGACGAUAACGAUCACAGCAUCACAUUUGAGAAGCUAAAUCCAGCAAAUAUUUGAUCUUUUUUGCUUAAAUUUUUGCUGUUUGUCAACAGAUGAAUCAAUAGUUUAAUUAUUACUGCAGAUAUGAUGCCUGCGUUUCAGUAACGACACCAAAACUGACCUUUUUUUCAUACUCGAUGAGGAAUAUUGACUUUUUUCUACAAAAACUUUUUGUUUUCUUUGAACAAAUGGAGCAAAAUGAUGAUUUAAAACAGGAACUAUUUGAUAGAGAGCUCUCAUACUGUCUUUGAGUUAUGAGACUUUUGCUUCCUUUAAAUGGUUUUCUGUUAUAUUUCCAACUUGUACACUAAUUUCUUUCAUUACUAUUAUGUAACGUUCGUGUGUCGGUGCAGAGUUUAGACGUUUCAGGCUCGUUCAGAGAUGUGUCCCAUGUGAUCACGACCUCGGUGUGAGUCAGACACGGCAGUCAGUUGGGGUGUAACGGUACACAAAAUCAACGGUUCGGUACAUUAUCAGCAGAGAAGAAGAAGAAAAAAGAAAGAUAGAAUUGAACAGUUUAGUUGUGCUGCAGUGGGAGAAGAAAACAACCUUUCUGUUUUAAGGCAGUCAGAACACCUGCUGACAGCUGUUCUGUGCUGAUUACUGGUCGAUCAGAGCUGCUGCUCGUCGCAGUAAGUGGAUUAUAAAGUUAUUUUGACAGUAACUGUUUGGGUCACAGAGCGAACUGAACCGAGGACAGAACCCAACAUCCCGUUCAGGACGAAUACACGUACCGUUACACCCGAUCAUGUCCGUCUGUGGAGGAACGAGGUACUGAACUGUCGAACCUUUCCGUAAACUCCCUCGCUGUGUGACGACAGGGAGGUCAGAGGUCAGAGCUGGUCUGGACUGAAGUUCAGCGGGGAGAGCUGAACUGAACUGAGCUCGUCUGGUUUAAUAAGGAAAAAAAAAGAAAAAAAAAAAGAGCGGACUCCUCUUUUAACCGUGACACUGAACUGAUCCAGUACACGUCAACAGAACAGAAACUAAAGACUGUAGACUGAUGAUGAUGAUGACAAUGAUGAUGUCAAAUGGCGGACAAUCCAGAGAGAGAGAGACUUUUCUUGCUAACACUGUGAGUGACUCCGAAUGAGGUUUAAAAUGAGGGCGAAUCGACUGACCCGCAUUUCAUAUCAGGAGAGGAAAAAAAGCAGAAACCUGCAUCCCGACCUCAUCCAAAGACCCCCCGAUCCCCACCCCACCCGACCCCAACCCCGACCCCGACCCCCCCCCGUCAGCAGUGUUUUCUGAGUUCUUAUUUCUUCAGGUUGGCUGUUUUUUGUUUUGGACUUCUGGGAGAGUGUCGUUUAAUUUUUGCAGAGGACGAUUCUUCACUUCUUUCAUUUCAAUAAACGUCUCGUCAGCACAAGUCCAGGAUACUCAAAGGUUUACUGGUGCUGAAUCAAAACUGUGAGACUUUCUUCUUGGAAAGACGAGAACUGGAUCUCAGUCUGACUUUGGAAUCCGAACAUUUCUGGAUUUAUUCUGAAAGGACUUUCAAGAGCUACAUGAACUUUUGUGGGCAAAGCCUGUAAACAUCCGUGAAGACACUCAACUGGUGUAAAACGAUAAAAACCUGAAUCACAAUUUUUGUCUUUAUAGAUUUUUUUUUUUCUUUAUUUUUUUUCCUUUUUGUGCAUUGAGACACUUCUUUGAAGAGAAGCCAGGUACAGGACAUGAAACUCUGCAAAGGGUUUGAGGGAGUCCCGACUGUUACAUCCGUCUGGGAACUUCCUCAAUUUUGCAACCAAGUAUUUUCCCUCUUAGUUCGGUUUGAAAAUCGACACGUAUCGCAAAAAUGUUUGGAAAUGUCCUUAAAUUUUUUGAAGCUUUUAUUAUUUUUUUUCCAAAUAUUGUCUGAAACACCAAACUUUUCUGCUGGUGGAGGAAUAAAUUAAUACAUUUAGGUUAUUCCACAAAAGCCCUGUUUUCUUCAUCCUAACUAGUGAACACAUUAGAACCAAAUCUGUAAUUGUAAGACAAUAAGUCGUCAUGAAAAGGUCAUUCACUGUUAAUUAUCAAUUCUGAUUUAAUUAAACAUCUGGUUUUAUUAUCUAACAGCCUUUUAUACUGCGAGACAAUGGUCUCUAUUUAGUUCAAAUUAUCCAAAUAAUCUGAAGAUGAAAAGACAAAUUAUUUAUCCACAGACAUUUCCUUUUCUACAGACAUUGUACUUUUAUUAAUGGUUAUAAUCUGUGUGUGUGUGCGUGUGUGUGUGUGUGUGUGUGUCAGUCAUUCAUUCCUAGCUUCAGUUUGUGUCAUGUAGACAUUUUUAUAUUUGAGAUUUCUGCACUGACGAUCACAUUUAAGAGGAAUAAAUGAGUUCAACAUCUUUAGUUGAAAUGAAACAGACUCCCUGCAGCUCGUUCCACGACGGCUGCAGCCAACAAUUAUUUUCAAGUUGUUUUUUUUUUUCACUAUUUGCUGAAUCUAUAAAAUGACAGUAAAUGGUGAAAAAUGCUCAUCAGUUUCCCAGAGGCCAAAGUCACUUCUUCAAAUGUUGUUUUGUUCAACCAACAACCCAAAACACAAAGUCAAAGGAGUUUCUUCUUGACAUUUGACUUUAACAAUUAAUGUUGCAGAUAAAUACACUUUCUCUCAACUGAGCAGUUGUCCCAUCGACUUUCUCAGCUCUGCAUUUGACAGUUUAGAUCCUUUUUUUUGUGAGCCUUGUCCCAGUUUUGGAUCAAAAAGAAAAUGCUGAAAUCGAGAUACAACUUGUGAAACUGUGUCCAAAGUCAACAGCUGAAGAAAUGUUUGUAGAGCUGCAACGAUUAAUUGAUUAGUUGCCAACUAUUACAUUAAUCGCCAACUAUUUUGAUGAUCAACUUUUUUUGUAAGAAAAAAAUGUCCAAAUUCUCUGAUUGGAGCUUAGCUGUAGCUCUGUAUGUUUCGUUGACGGACCAUAUUAAACGCGUCUUCUAAGUUUAAAGUGAAAUUUGUUUGUACAAAACAACACAAAAGCAUCCAACUCCCCCCAAAAAAUAGUUCCAUAGAGUAACAAUACAGUACAUGAACACAACACUAACACUAGGUUAAGUUUGCUUUACGAUUACCAAAUAAUUAACUAAAUUCAUUGAUACUUUGUUGAAGCCAAUAAAUUCUUUAAAACGCUGAUGAAAUGAACUAUAAUGGGCCUAACGCUGAGCCCUGAGGAACACCACAAGUAGGUUUAAACACCUACUUUGUGGUUUUAUGUUUUACUCCAGUUUGAUAAUUCUCUGACUCGAAAGAUAAUCAGUACAGAAGUCUCAAAAAUAGAUGAUUUGCGUGAGGAAAAACAAACUGGGGCUCUGUCAUUCCAGUUUUAAAAUCAUUUUUUGGUUUAUAGAAAAAAAAAACCUUCAGGCUCAUUGUGACUGAAGAGUUUUCCUUUUAUUUAUUUUCUGACAGAUUUCUUUUCUGGCCUAAAAGCACAUUACGAGUAAAGACAUGUCAUCCCAAGCUACAGUAUUCCCUGUGACAGUUUGUAGUUUUUUUGAUACUGAUAUCUGAUUAUUCCUGAAGUUGUGGAAUAAUUUCAGGCACUAUUUUGUUUUUUCAAUGGACAAAAUUUCACACUUUUUUUGGUUUAAUGAUGCAAAAUUGUUGGCCCAAAAAUAUUUAUUUUAUGCCCAAAUAAAUUCCAUUUCCAGACAUUAUUUGUCCAUUUUGGGUUGAAAAUUAAAGUUCUUUAAAGUUUCUCCAUAUUUGAAGGCACAUGAGAAACUCGUUAUUAUUUUGGUUGUUUUCACCUAAAAGGAAAAGCUUUUUAUAAGAUGUAAUAAUACAUUUUAUUCUUAGCAUCAUUAGUUUCAGUUUUGGGCCAGACAUCCUGUUUUUAAAAGAUGAGAAAUCUCAGUUUGGAGAGUCUCUCAACCAAAACCUUUAAAAAUAUCUUCAGACUUAACCACCAAAUCCUCGUCCUGGAGAACUCAAGUCUUCUUUUGGUGAUCUGUUAGUUUCCAAAUGUCAACACUGAGCUCAUUAUAUUUUCAUAACCUUACUGUAAGUCUGAGCACUCAUAACCUAUAACCUGUUCCUCUACAACCUGGUGAUGAAAUAUGUUGGAGGUUUUGUGCUUUUUCUCAGUUUAAUUGGAAAUCCAUCUUUAUUCCAUCAACACUGUAUUUUCUGUAUCAGAAAUAGUUUUUUUUGUUUUUCUUUCCUUCUCCUCUAUUUGCUUCUCACUCAUGCUGUUCAUGUCAGAAUCGAGGACAAUAAAGCACCAGGAUCUUGAAACUGUCAA